AGGUGGCAUGACUUAGGCGUAGAUACAUCCAGGCCCAUUCACUUGGCUUGGCUCUUACAAUCAGUGGGAACAGUAGGAGUGACAAUCGGCAUUAUAUUGCGAGGGCGUGCCUGACCCGAGGGAUGUCACUUCUGUCACCUCGGGGGGGCCGGAAGGCUUCCAUUCUCUGCUUUGCGGGACUGCUUUUUCUUCUGGUCCUCUACCAGCUCGGUAUCAUUUGCGGAUCCUCCAAGGACGGACCGACUUCAGUGAUGAUUGCCAAAGAGAAAUAUGUAAUGGGUGCUUCUGAUCACAAAGUCUAUACCUAUGACAGAACAAUGCCGUUGAUAUUCAUCGGCGGUGUUCCCAGGUCAGGAACAACCUUGAUGCGAGCAAUGCUUGACGCCCACCCCGACGUAAGAUGUGGUCAAGAGACCAGAGUCAUACCUCGUAUUCUACAGAUGAGAUCUCACUGGUUGAAGUCUGAACGAGAAAGUAUCAGGCUAGAGGAAGCUGGAAUCUCAAAAGAGGUGAUGGACAGCGCAAUUGCCGCAUUUUGCUUAGAAGUGAUCGCAAGACAUGGUGAGCCAGCUCCUCGCUUGUGCAACAAAGAUCCACUCACCCUCAAGAUGGGCUCAUACGUCCUCGAGCUUUUCCCAAAUGCAAAAUUCCUCUUUAUGGUACGCGAUGGCAGAGCAACAGUUCAUUCUAUCAUCUCGAGAAAGGUAACGAUUACAGGAUUCGAUCUCACCUCAUACCGACAAUGUCUGACGAAAUGGAAUCAUGCUAUUUCCGUGAUGCACGGUCAGUGUAAGGAGGUGGGGGCUGAUAAAUGUCUGAUGGUUCCUUACGAGCAGUUGGUUCUUCAUCCCAAAGAUUGGAUGAAGCGAAUACUAGCCUUUCUUGAUGUUCCAUGGAACGAAUCUGUUCUUCAUCAUGAAGAGUUUAUCAACAAACCUGGAGGUGUACCUCUCAGCAAGGUUGAGCGGUCAUCGGAUCAGGUAAUCAAGCCCGUAAACCUCGAGGCGCUGACCAAGUGGGUCGGCCACAUCCCGGAUGACGUCGUUCGCGACAUGCCCGACAUCGCUCCGAUGCUCUCGGUCCUCGGCUACGACCCCUACGCCAAUCCUCCAGUUUACGGAGCCCCGGACAGCUUGGUCAGCGAUAAUACCAGAAGAGUCUUAGCUGAGGGUCAAAUAUGGGCAGCAAAAGUAAAGAAGCUAGCACUUCAGGAGAAACCUCUUCAGCCACCAGCUACGUUCACUAAAGAUUCCAGCGACCUGCCAAAUGCGUGACACCGAGUUUAUAUCCUCUUCGGAAUGCACUCCUCUUCGCACAACUUGAAUGUGUACAAUUACUAUUAUUACGUUUAACCAGACUCACGAACAGAGUAUCGAAUUUAUCGUCGUUAAUUUCACCCGAAUUAGGACGAUGACCAAGAACCUUACAAUUAACGCGUCGUAUCCCUGGCAAUAUAUCACAUUACAACAUUACACCAUCUUGUUACACCACUCCUAAUUAAUAUAUGACUUAUUAGUAACGUUGGGUAAAAUAGAAGAAGAAGUAGAAAUGUGGCUAUAAAGAUAAAGUGAUGCCGAAUAAAUUAUCCGUAUUGCAAGAUGACAUUAAACUU